AUGAAACUAAAACCUCCAGUUGAUGGCAGCAAAUCUACACACAGCUCGUUUAGCUGUAAAGAUGAAACACUUGGAGAUGGAUUGGAAGGUCAAACUUUGACAGUGCCUUGUGAGAAAGGCAAGGAAGGCACCGUAAUAUAUAGAUGUAAAUCAGGUAAAUGGGUGCCUGAAGAGUCAAACUGUGUACUUCAAGUUAUCAAAAACCUCGAAAAGGAAGCUGAGCUCUUGGUGGUGCAGGACUUACCAGUAUUUGUGGCUCAGCUUAGUGCUGCUACAGAGAACAAUAUACAAGAGAUAACACAGUCUCCUGUGAAUGUCCAAACCAUUGUUGAAAUACUUGUAAAAGCUGCUGAUAUUUCACAAAACAUUAUCAUCAGUAAGCCUAUAAUGGAGAAUUUUCUUAAAACAGUGGAUAUCCUUAUUUCGACAUUUGCCAUUAAUACAUGGCAAACUUUAAACAAUGACAGAAGGACAGAUAACACCAGCACAGCACUUCUGAGCACGAUUGAGAAUAUAAGUAGCCGUCUCACAGAUGGUAAUUUAAGAAUUAUUGAAACAUCAGUUGAGUUGAAUAGAACUGUAACAGACAGCACCUCAUACAGUGGAAUAUCAAGCCUGCCGAACUCAACUACCGAGAUUCAGAUACCAGAGAUUCCUAUAAACACUUCUAUAACCAUCAUAGUCUUCACAAGUCUUGACAGUAUCCUACCUACUCGAGAUACUAAUAAUAACGGCAGUGGCAAAUCAGAUGUGCGCAUCAAUGGAGAUGUGGUUGUAGUAAAGGUUGACAACAAAAUGAUUAACAACAUAUCUUUUGCGUUUGACAUUACUAAUCAGUCUUUGGGAAAUCCUCAGUGUGUCUUUUGGAACUUCAAUCUUGACGCAUGGGAUUCCACUGGAUGUGAAGCAAAGCCCUCAGUGUACGAUACUGGCAAGAUUAUAUGUGAAUGCAACCACACAAAGUCUUUUUCAAUCCUAAUGUCACCAUUUUCCAUUGAUCACAUAGUCGUAACCUAUGUAAUUGGCAUAUCUAUUUCAAUGGCCAGCUUAAUUUUGUGCCUCAUUAUUGAAAUUAUUGUGUGGAAGUCAAUGACAAGAAAUGACACAUACUACAUACGACAUGUCUACAUAGUCAACAUUGCCGUGUCCAUGCUGAUCACAGACAUCUGUUUUAUCAUUGGAGCUGCAGUCACAGAACAAGAACAGCCAACCUCAGCGAGUCGCUGCAGUCCAGCGGUUUUCUUCAUGCACUUUUUUUACCUGGCUCUUUUCUUCUGGAUGUUAAUUUCAGCACUGUUUCUCUUUUACCGUACAGUCAUGGUCUUUUCUCAGAUGUCAAGGGCUAAAAUGAUGGUCAUUGCCUUCAUAGUCGGUUAUGGUGCGGCUUUGCUCAUAGCGGUCAUCACUGUCGCAUCAACAGCUGGAUCUCAAAAUUAUAUUUCUAAAAGAAAUGCAUGCUGGCUGAACUGGUUUGAAUCAAAGGCCCUGCUGGCAUUUGUGAUUCCAGCUCUCACUGUUGUAGCCAUAAACCUUCUGGUUUUGAUUGUGAUUCUGUACAAGAUGUUGAAAAGAGGAUUUGGUGCCGCAAUUCAACCAGAUGAGAAACAUGCCCUGAUGGUCAUUGCCAGAUGUAUGGCUAUUUUGACUCCUUUCUUUUGUCUAACGUGGGGAUUUGGAGUUGGAACCAUGGUGUCACAAGAUUUCAGCAUUCAUGUGGUGUUUGCACUCCUCAGUUCACUGCAGGGAUUCUUUGUUUUGGUGUUUGGAACACUUUUAGACAGCAAGUUGUGGUUGCAGAUCCGUGAGGCAGGAAGACUGUCAUUAAGGAAACUUACCAGGAUUGCUAAUAUAGGACCUUCAUCUUCAGGAGGACAGGAUUUCUUAAGUAAUGAGAACAACUUGUCUAGAGGCAGUAGUUUCUCAACUGCAUCUUCCAACAGCUCCAACAGCUCAGAUACAUGAAUGCAUGAUCAGCUGCUUCAGUAACGAUAG